AUGUGGAGAGCACUGAAAGUGCUUCUUUUUUGGAUUCCUAUCCUAAUUAGAGGAUCAACUGUGGAUUUUAUGUGUAAAACAGCAGCAGAGUACUCGCUUUCUGUGAUAAUAAUACGAAAUGAACAUUGUCCGGAAAACUGGAUAAAGGAAAUCCUUAAAAAUCUAAACAUUCCAGUGGUACUUCUCUCAGCUGGCGAUGUUUAUAUCAAUUCCCAGGAGUUUUCUCGACCGCUACACGUUAUGUGCCUGCCUGGGCUGGAACUCCAACAGGAUCUGGAGCUAAUCAAGAAACUAAUCACACCUUUAAAAGACUUUCCUAGUCACAAAAAACUAUUCUAUGUAUCCAAUAGAUUCUCCAAUCAAUCCCGAAUGGACUCCCUCCUCGAAACCUGCUACCGCCGAAGGAUUCCAAACAUCGUUGGACUCUUGGCUGCAGAUGAGCAUCUCUACUUUUACAGAUAUAACUUAUAUCCUACCUUCCAAAUGGAGCAGCGCCCUCUUCAAUCUUCAACCAUCUUCGACCGGGAAUACCCCAACAUGCAUGGUCAUCCUCUGAUUGUAGUGCCCGACCAAUGGCUUCCUCGUUCCAUACUCUAUGUGGACAGACGAACGGGUAAGCAAGUCCUAGCUGGAUCCGUGGGCCGCUUCAACCAUGUGUUGGCCUGGAAGCUCAACGCUACUCUGCAGCUUGCCCAUACGGUAACCCCUGGACGCUUCCUCCAUGCGAAUGACCUCCAGGAGCUGGGCAAGAGCAUGUCCAUUGACGUUCCUGCCAGUAUGUCGAUGCUAGUGCGAGGGGAGCAGUUGGCCCUUACCAGUUAUCCUUUAGAGCUGACCCACAUCUGUCUGAUGAUCCCGGUGGCCCAGCAAAUUCCCUUAAGGGACAUAUACUUUCUCUUGAGCAGUGUUUCUAAUAUGCUCCUGGCUGUAGGCAUUGUUUUCACCUACGGAUUUGUUUUGAGCCUCAUCCGGAAGUUUACCAAUCGUGCUGUCCAUCUGGCUGACUUCCUGCUGAAUGACAAAGCUUUGCGUGGAAUAUUGGGCCAGUCCUUCCAGUUGCCUCUGCUGAGAAGUAGCUCCAGCAGAUGGAUAUAUCUGAUGCUGGGCAUAGUGGGUCUCAAUGUGAGCAGCAUCUUUGAGGCCGCCUUGGAGACGAUGAUGGCGCAUCCACCGCGGGAAUUUCAAGCCCGAAGUUUCACUGAUCUUCGGCGCACCCGAAUUCCUUUGGUUACCACCGAAGAAGACUUGCACACAUUGGUGGAUCUGCAUGUGACCCUGCUGGCGGUCAAUGUGAGUGAGUACAAUCACCUGAGAAAUGGGCGGAACUCCAGCAAUGCUUACUUUGCCUCUCGAUUGCAUUGGACCCUGUUCAGUGAGCAGCAGAAGCGCUUCUCCCGGGAGCUCUUCAUUUACUCCAUGGACGCCUGCCUGAUGUCGCUGGCUCUGCUCUCCUUCCAAUGACCGCAGACUUCCUUGUUCACAGACCCAGUCAGUAAACUUAUCCUGGAUGUGAGAGCCAAUGGGCUGUAUCAGUUUUGGGUGGGAAUGCAUCACUACGACAUGACAGAGGCGGGUUUGGCCAGCAUGGAGGAUCCCAGUCUGCGGCUGAAUGAAAUGAACGAGACUACUGCUUUGCGGUUGGUGGAUCUGCAAUGGGUGCGGUUGGCCUACGGAACGCUGCUGGGCAUCGCGCUGCUGAUAUUCCUGCUGGAAGUUUUUUGGAGGAGCAUCACUGGUUCUCUAAUCAUUUACAAAUUUAUUGGAUAA